AUGUCAUGUCAUGUCACUCAUCUGUUGUUACUGUUGUUCAAUUUAUUUUAGUUUAUAUUGAAAAUGUCAGGAUCAAAGAAAAUGACACUGCGUGUACAGUCCGCGGAGGGUACUGCUCGCGUGGACGUACUGGACACAGAGGUUACGGCGGUGCUGUUCGAGCGUGUUUACGACUCGUUACACCUCACCACAUACGGUUUCGCGCUGCACAAGGAUCGUCAGCGCAAAGAGGAGAUCACGUCGAGCAAGUCCCGGCAGCUGCGCGAGUACGGCUUGCAGCAUGGAGACAUGCUCUACUUGAGCCCAGUCAAUGGAGCAGUGCUGUUUGACCAACCAUCCACAAGUUCAGAUACAAUUAACAAGCCAUUUCGAGAGCCGAGCGAAGCAGGCCCUUCGUCUGCUCCCACAGCUGCUGCACCACGACAGGGUACUGUUGAGGAAGAUGAGGUUGAUCAGCAAUUAUACAAAUGUUCCGGUACUAUCCAAAGGCAACGAGACGAGAAACUAUGUCGACACAAUUCCAAAGGGUGCUGUGUACACUGUUCCCCACUGGAGCCCUGGGACGAGGGCUACCUCAAGGAACACAAUAUUAAGCACAUAUCUUUCCACUCAUACUUAAGGAAGAUCACAUCUGGCCAGUUCAUAUCCUUAGAUGAAAUGUCCUGUAAAAUUAAACCAGGCUGCAAGGAGCACCCGCCGUGGCCGCGCGGCAUCUGCUCCAAGUGCCAGCCGGGCGCCGUGACGCUGAACCGGCAGCCCUACCGCCACGUCGACAACGUGGUGUUCGAGCACCCCGCGCUGGUCGAGCGCUUCCUCUCCUACUGGCGCGCCACCGGCCACCAGCGCGUCGGCUUCCUCUACGGCCGGUACGAGCUGCAUCCCGAUGUGCCUUUAGGUAUCCGCGCGCGCGUGUGUGCGAUCUACGAACCGCCGCAGGCCGGCGGACGCGACGAGGUGACGCUGCAGCCGGACCCGCAGGAACAAGUGCUGCAACAGCUGGCCGCCGCGCUCGGACUGCGCCGGGUGGGGUGGUGCUUCACAGACCUGCUGCCGGCAGACAGAGCUGCAGGCACCGUGCGACACCUGCGCGGCGUGGACACGCACUUCCUGUCGGCGCAGGAGUGCAUCAUGGCGGGCCACUUCCAGGACCAGCACCCCAACGCCUGCCGCCACGCCUCCUCCGGGUACUUCGGCUCCAAGUUCGUCACCGUCUGCCUCACAGGCGACAGCAACAACCGCGUCCACCUGGAGGGCUACCAGGUGUCGGGGCAGUGCCAGGCGCUGGUGCGGGACGGCGUGCUGCUGCCGACCAGGGACGCGCCCGACCUCGGCUACAUCCGCGACUCCAGCGACCGCCAGUACGUGCCCGACCUCUACUACAAGGAAAAGGACGUGUACGGCAACGAGGUGGGCGUGUCCGCGAAGCGCGUGCCGGUGGCGUACCUGCUGGUGGACGUGCCGUGCGGGGUGUCCGCGGGGGGCGGGGCCGGCGGGGGCGGCCCCCUAGUGGCGUCCGGCUCGUUCCCGCCCGCGCACCGCGCCCUGCAGCCACACCUGCAGACGCUGCGAGCGCUGCACCAGCACGUGCAAGCCGCGCCAUCCUUCCUAGAGGCGAUGUCGGACCUGCACGUGCUGCUGUUCCUGGCCACCAACGAGACGGUCCCGCUGAGCGUGGAGGCGCUGCAGCCGCUGCUGCGGGCCGUGGUGGAGCGCGACCACGCCGCCGCAGACACCUGGAGGCACCACCCGCACUACGCCACGCUCGAACACCUCGCGCGCGUCGCGCACGACCACGAGCCCGACCACGACCACGACCACCGCGCGGCGCGCCGCUCGCACAGCGACGGCGGCAGCGGCGGCGGCGUGUGGACGUGUCCGCUGUGCACGUUCCACAACGCGGCGCGGCACGACGCCUGCGAGAUGUGCGCCAUGCCGAGAAAUGCGAUGUAAACCCGCACUCUCAACGCGGUGCGUGCUCGUGCGGGACGUCGCACUCAAACUAGGCUUACGUUAUUUUUAUAUCGACGGAGGGUACCAGCAUGCAGACGCCUCGCCUGCGACCACCUUCCAGGUGGAUUUAGACUGGAUCUCACAGUUAUACUAAACAUUGAGGUAUUACGUACUCGCGUCCACAAUACUAGUAUAGUAGUUGCUAAUAGUGAUAUUGUUAUAUUAAUUUCCAAAUAUUUAAAUGGAGGGUUUAUUUUAUUAUGACGAGGUACAAGUGUUUACGUUUUAGUACAGAUUGAUUUUUUGUAUCGGUCUGGGUGUUUUCUAUAUAUAAUACGUAUGUAUUUACUAAAAAAAAUCUAUUUGUAUCAGUUAUCUGGAGCUCAUAAUACAAGCUUUAGCUAUCUUAACUUGGGUCUAGAUGGCGCUGUGUGAAUUGUCCAGGGUUAUUUAUUUAAAUUUACAAGGAAUUGUACUGCCGGGGAUUGCAAUAAUGAAACUGUUGCGGUACAUUGCGGCAAAAAUGCCGUUAUACACAGUUCUAGCCCCGUGAUGGUGUAUUUAUAUUGAUGAAAAAGAAACGGGUGCAGACAGAUAUUAUUUAUUCCACUCACAAUGCUCAUAUUUUAUUUAUAUAUAGUUGUCUCAUCUAUGAGUAAAUCUCAAAUUCAAAUUCAAAAUCAUUUAUUCAUGUAGGACAUUUUAGAACGUCAAAUUUUACAUUAUAAUUUUAAUUUAAAAAUUUGACGUUCAUAAGCGGCUAAAAUGACCUAUCCUAUGUUUGAAUAUAUACAUAUAAAUUUUUCAACCUAAUAGUGAUUGAAGAACAAAUUCAAUCACAACUAGGCUGUUGAAAUUUCAAUUUGGUACACAGAUCAUAUUGCUAAUUAACAAAAGCCGGCAGUUGGUACCUAAAACCUCAAUGGAGUCAAAUAGUUUCCAUUAUGUGAAACAGUUGUAAUUUUUAAAAAUGUUUUUUUUGGUUAGCACUUUUAUACUCUCAACUGGCAACACGUUCUCUAAAUCCACCUCUAGGUGUUACUUUUAUAGAAGUGAUCGAUAGCAAGACCCGUUCUGCUCAUUGUAUAUUGUUCUCAUCACACUGCACAGACAGACAGACCGACGGGUGUGUUGGUUAAUACUUGUCAGAACUGGUUGAAGCUAUUUAAUAAACAAACUUGUUUAUGUAAUUUUUUUCCACUUCAAAACUACACUGUGCGUUGUAGCAUGGUGCGGGUGACAGUUACUAAUUU